AUGAACAGCGGCGGCGGCUUCGGUUUGGGCUUGGGCUUCGGCCUCACCCCGACGACGGUGAUUCAGGUGACGAACCUGUCGUCGGCGGUGACCAGCGAGCAGAUGCGGACGCUCUUUUCCUUCCUAGGAGAAAUCGAGGAGCUGCGGCUCUACCCCCCGGACAACGCACCUCUUGCUUUUUCUUCCAAAGUAUGUUAUGUUAAGUUUCGUGACCGAUCAAGUGUUGGCGUGGCCCAGCAUCUAACUAACACGGUUUUUAUUGACAGAGCUCUGAUAGUUGUACCUUGUGCAGAAGGUAAAAUUCCAGAGGAAUCAAAAGCCCUUUCUUUAUUGGUUCCUACACCAACCAUGACAAGUCUGAUGCCUGGUGCAGGCUUGCUUCCCAUACCAACCCCAAAUCCCUUGACUACACUGGGUGUUUCCCUUAGCAGUUUGGGAGCAAUACCAGCAGCAGCACUAGACCCCAAUAUUGCAACGCUUGGAGAGAUACCACAGCCACCACUUAUGGGAAAUGUGGAUCCUUCUAAAAUUGAUGAAAUCAGGAGAACAGUCUAUGUUGGCAAUCUGAAUUCCCAGACAACAACAGCUGACCAGCUACUUGAAUUUUUUAAACAAGUUGGAGAAGUGAAGUUUGUACGGAUGGCAGGUGAUGAGACUCAGCCAACUCGGUUUGCUUUUGUGGAAUUUGCAGACCAAAAUUCUGUACCAAGGGCCCUUGCUUUUAAUGGAGUUAUGUUUGGAGACAGGCCAUUGAAAAUAAAUCACUCCAACAAUGCAAUAGUAAAACCCCCUGAGAUGACACCUCAGGCUGCAGCUAAGGAGUUAGAAGAAGUAAUGAAGCGAGUACGAGAGGCUCAGUCAUUUAUCUCAGCUGCUAUUGAACCAGAGUCUGGAAAGAGCAAUGAAAGAAAAGGCGGUCGAUCACGUUCCCACACUCGUUCCAAAUCCAGGUCUAGCUCAAAAUCCCAUUCUAGAAGGAAAAGAUCACAAUCAAAACACAGGAGUAGAUCCCAUAAUAGAUCACGUUCAAGACAAAAAGAAAGACGUAGAUCUAAGAGCCCACAUAAAAAACGCUCUAAGUCCAGGGAAAGACGAAAGUCAAGGAGUCGUUCACAUUCACGGGACAAGAGAAAAGAAACCCGAGAAAAGAUCAAGGAAAAAGAAAGAGUGAAAGAAAAAGAUAAAGAAAAGGAAAAGGAAAAAGAGAGAGACAGGGAAAAGGAACGUGAAAAAGAAAAGGAACGUAGUAAAAACAAAGAUAAAGAACGGGAAAAAGACCGGGAUAAGGAUAAAGACAAGGAAAAGGACAGAGAGAGAGAGCGGGAAAAAGACCACGAAAAGGAGCGAGACAAAGAGAAGGAAAAGGAACAGGAUAAAGAAAAGGAACGAGAAAAGGACAGAUCCAAAGAGAUAGAUGAGAAAAGAAAGAAGGAUAAAAAAUCCAGAACACCACCCAGAAGUUACAAUGCAUCAAGAAGAUCUCGUAGUUCCAGCAGGGAAAGGCGAAGGAGGCGCAGCAGGAGUUCUUCUAGAUCCCCAAGAACAUCAAAAACCAUAAAAAGGAAAUCAUCUAGGUCUCCAUCCCCUAGGAGCAGAAACAAGAAAGAUAAAAAGAGAGAAAAAGAAAGGGACCAUAUUAGUGAAAGAAGAGAGAGAGAGCGUUCAACCUCUACAAGAAAGAAUUCUAAUGACAAAGAUGGGAAAGAAAAAUUGGAGAAGAACAAUACUUCACUUAAAGAGAAGGAGCACAAUAAAGAACCAGAAUCAGGUGUGAGCAAAGAAGCAGAUGACAAGGACGCACCAAGGACUGAGGAAAACGAAGUACAGCAAAAUGGGAAUUGUCAGCCAAAUGAAGAAAACCUUUCUACCAAAACAGAAGCCGUAUAA